AUGACGGGUAGUCUUAUACAUCCUUCCUUGUGUAUUCGUCUUCUGAAAAGGUGGCGAUUACAAACGCACCCGUUGCUUCAGCGCAAAGUGUACGGAGUGUGUCAAGUGUUACGAGAACAGAAUGACAACUGGCUUUUCGGACCGAUUGUGGAACUCCGUGAGGCUGUUCUGAUCACUAUCGAAAUCACGUUCACCAUGCGCAAAUGUGCCGAACAUCCCGACCCGGCUGCUUUGGGUCAUUGUCAGGAGGCGCUACAAAUUUUGGUAUUCCAGGCGGAUGAUAUGGUUACGGAGCAUUUUGACUACAACUCCAGGUAA